AUGGGCGUCCGAGAUUCCCACGGCGAGGCGACGGGGACUCCCGACCCCGUCGAGAAAGGGUUCGCCACUCUCAAUACUGUCAGAAUCGGUGUGAAGGCCAUGGUGCAGAAGGAUGGUGAACUACGGAAAGCGGAAAUACUUUCAAUUCGGCAGCGCAAGGAUGGUCCCAGUUUCUAUGUGCAUUAUGUCGACUUCAACAAGCGUCUUGAUGAAUGGAUCAAUGCUUCACGCAUUGACCUCACUAAAGAGGUUGAAUGGCCAGCGCCUGAGAAGCCGGACAAGAAAAAGUCUAGUGCCAACAAUAAGGCACCUAGUAAAGUCCCGAAGAAUGUUCGCUCUGGUAGCCGGGAUGUGUCUGGGACUCCUGAUGCGUUGGGCGGCACGAAUUUGAAUGUUGGCAAGGCGCCGCGACCAUCCAAGGCCGGCGGCAAAGAGAAUCGUACUGCUGAUACACCCGGUGACACAUCCCUCUUCGGAUCCGAAGCUGUAUCGACCGUCGGCACACCCAAGGCAGACUCAGAAGAUGUCGAAAUGGCAGAUGCCGGUACAGAGGCGACGCCCAAAGAAGAUGAGGUCAAAACCACAUCAGGCGAAGUUAUCACCCGCGAAGAGGAGAUUGAGCGCCUUCGUACAAGCGGCAGUAUGACGCAAAACCCAACCGAAAUCCACCGCGUCCGAAACUUGACUCGCCUGCAAAUGGGCAAAUUUGAAGUUGAGCCGUGGUACUUUUCCCCAUACCCGGAUCAAUUCUCCGACGUGGACAUGGUCUACAUCGACGAGUUCUGCCUGAGCUACUUCGACAACCAGCGUGCCUUCGAGCGCCACCGCGCAAAAUGCACAUUGGUCCACCCUCCAGGCAACGAAAUCUACCGUGACGACAACAUCUCCUUCUUUGAAGUUGACGGUCGUCGCCAGCGAACCUGGUGCCGAAAUUUAUGUCUCCUCAGCAAACUUUUCCUCGAUCACAAAACCCUCUAUUACGAUGUCGACCCCUUCCUCUUUUACUGCAUGUGCACUCGUGACGAGACAGGCUGCCACCUCGUCGGCUACUUCUCUAAGGAAAAGGACUCCGCCGAAGGUUACAAUCUAGCUUGUAUUCUGACGUUGCCGCAGUACCAGCGCCGUGGAUUUGGUCGUUUGCUCAUGUCUUUCAGUUAUGAGCUUAGCAAGCGUGAAGGCAAGCUUGGGUCUCCCGAGAAACCCCUCUCUGAUCUGGGUCUUAUGGGUUACCGCCAGUACUGGCGUGAAACGCUUGUCGAGCUGUUGAUGGAACCAGGUCGCGAGGCGAUGAGUGAGAACGAACUUGCUGUUCUUACGUCAAUGACCGAAAAAGACGUUCAUGAGACUCUGGUUGUCUUCAAUAUGCUUCGAUAUCAUAAAGGAAAUUGGGUCAUCGUUCUUACCGACUAUGUCGUUGGCGAGCAUAAAAAGCGUCUUGAAAAAGAGAAAAUCAAGGGUGCGCGCAAAAUCGACCCCGCCGCUCUUCAGUGGAAACCACCCGUUUUCACUGCGUCCAGUCGGACCUGGAACUGGUAA